AUGCCCCCCCGGAUACCAUUUCCCAGCGCUUCGCUGUGCUGCAGAGCGGCUCUCAGCACUCCCGCGACCUCAUUGACCGCCUGUCUCGCCCGCCUCACCCUCCAACAAACCCGCAAUGCCUCGAUCCUAGGCAGCUUGGCCAACAAUCCUGGCGCUGUUCACAAGAAGAAGAGAGUCGGUCGCGGUCCCUCCUCAGGCCACGGAAAGACUUCCGGAAGGGGUCACAAGGGUCAGGGACAGCAUGGCAAGGUGAAGCCCUGGUUCCAGGGUGGUCAGACACCAUUGAUUGUGAAGCACGGCAGAAAGGGCUUUGACAACUUCCGAGCCCCUGAGAUCUCCGAAGUGAACCUGGACCAGAUCCAGAACUGGAUCGACCAAGGCCGACUCGACCCCACGAAGCAGAUCACGCCAAAGGAGCUGAUCGAAAGCAAGCUGAUUGGCAGCGUCAAGGAUGGCGUAAAGAUUCUAUCUCGCGGCGGCGAGAACCUCAAGCAGCCAAUCAACGUCAUGGUUUCAAGGGUCUCCUCAGGAGCAAUCGCCGCCAUCGAGGCUGCCGGAGGCACGGUCCUUACCAGAUACUACACAAAGCUGGCUAUUCAGCGACUCCUGACGGGCGAGUCGGUAAACACAGACAAGCCUCUACCCGUCGGCCUGGAACAUGUGGAAGGGAUCCUAGCAGAGGCGAGAAAGGGCCCUUUCCGAUACAGAUUGCCCGACCCUACGAGCCGUGCCGAUAUCGAGUACUACCGAGACCCGGCGCAUAGAGGAUACCUGAGCCACCAGAUUGCUCCAGGCCAGUCGCCCAGUUUGUACUUCAAGGUACCUGGUGUGCAGAAGGUGAAGAGCGUGGUGAAGACGGACAAGAAGAAGGCAGAGGAGACAUUGUGGUAA